AUGAAAUCCUUCUUGUCCGUAGCUACACUGUUGGUGUUUGCUGUCUUGUUGAUCGUCGGUACUGCUCCAACAUUUAGCAAGCUUACCACAUUUACGUUUGAAAAACAAGCCUUGAAUCACAAGUGGUUAUAUUUAGAUGCCUUUGUUUUUGAUAAUUUGGGAGCAAAUGCUUCAUCAGGACAUAUUUCAUGGCAAUUCAAGAACAUUCAAAAGCAAGAUCCAACGGCUCUCAAAAAUUUAGCCUUUUCUCUCUUUGAUGAUGAAGAUAAUUCAUGGCCAGCCGUAUGGAAAUUUAUUAAUCAAUUCAAUGGUGUUCUCUCUGUUGAGAAUUGUACAACCUUGAGAAAAUUCUCCAAAUUAACUGUUUCCUUAUCGGAUUAUCCUGAAUUUGAUAUUUCCAUUGAUGAAGGAAAUACUAGAUUUUGGUAUAUGGCAUUGGAUGCUUGUGAGCGUGAUAUCACUGACAGUACUGUUGAAUUCAUUGAAUUAGAUUUUUCAUGGCUCAAUCCAGGUGGAUAUUUCCAAAGACAAUUCUCUAAGGACAGACAAGGAAUUCCUGAAGUUCAUUUGACCUUUGUUCCAUUUUUGACAAUUAUGGUAUUAGCCUAUAUCGUCUCAGUGGUUCAAUUAGUGAGAUCUCAAUCCUUCCAUUUAUUAGUGAGAGUAUUUUAUGCAAGUUUAGUGGUGUAUUGGUUGGGUCGAUUGGUUGAAUUGAUUCAUUUACUUGUCUAUGGAUCGGAUGGUGUUGGUAUUCCAUUCUUUGAUAGUUUGAGUGUCGGAUUGAAAUUAUUGGCUGACUUUUUGAUGAUUGUUUUGUUGUUUUUAAUUGCCAGUGGUUGGACCAUUACCACCUCCUAUAUUCGUUAUUUCAAACCUAUUAUUGGUGUUUGGGUAUUUUUAGGUGUAUUUUAUGUAGCCUUAUUCAUUUGGGCUGAACUUGAAAUGUUUUUCGUAGUGAGCACUGAAGACUAUGUCUACGAUACUGUUCCUGGUAUUAUUAUUACCAUUCUGAGAGUACCAUUGUUGAUAUUCUUUGAAUUUGUACUUUUCAAGACACAUCAAGAAGAGACCAAUUCAGUGAAAAAGUUAUUCUAUAAGGUCGUUGGUGUCUUGUAUGGAUUGUGGUUCAUUGCAUUGCCAAUCAUUGUGAGCAUUUCCUUUGCCAUUCCAAUUGUUCAUAGAGCCAAAUGGACAGAAGGUAUUUCUCUGACGGUGGAUUUGAUCAGUUAUGGUGUCAUGUUUAUUGUAUUGUGGUAUCAAUUGGCAAGAAAAUACUUUCAACUCUCAACUCAUACUUCUACGACUGGAAGUGCCUAUGAGACUUUGUAA